AAAAGCUGCAUAUACUUUURAAUUUCUUCGUCCACCCGCGACCCGAAAAGUAAAGGUGGAGAUGAGAAGUCUUGGGUUCCCUGUGUUAAUGCCAGCGGUUUCACCAUGUUCACAUGGCGCUUCGCGCGCGAUGAUGACUCGAAUUGAUCUGGGGAAAGACGAAAUAGKAGACCAUAGUACUGCUAAAACACUCUGAAAUGGCGAGAAAAAGAGCUUCCAAAUCAGCAGACAAYUCACAGGAGGUUUGCCGUCCAAAGAAAAACAAAAUACAAGAUGAAAAAGCUGGCAAAGCCAAAAAUAAAGGUAAUAAAGGAAAGAUCGCUUGUGCAUCAGAUAGAAAGGUUAAGGGAAAACUCCCACCAAAGCACAAAGAAAUCAAAACAAAUACACGUACAAUGACUGCAAAAGAAAAUGGGACAAUUCCAUUUAAAAAGAAGAAAAAUAAAGAUGAAAAAAGUAAAAACAAACAAAGUUUAUCAAAACAAUGCCAUGAAAAUGAUUCAAAUAAGAGGAAAGCAUCAACUAGCAAUCUAGCACCAAGGACAAAAAAGAAAAAAGAAGAUAUUGUUAAUAGUACAUGUAACACUAAUACAACACCAGAGAAAAAAAUUGUAAACUGCAAGUCAUCACCCAAAAAAGGCUUGAAGAAUGAGAAGCCCAUUCAGGCACUACAGGAAGAUCUAGAUUUAUUGAAAGACACAAAGCAAGAUGAUGAUAACGAUGUAGUUAACCCUGAUAGUGGUGAAGAAAGUGAAGAUGAAAUUGAAUGGGAAGAUGUUCAAGAGGCAGAAGGUCAACAUGGCAACAGCCAAGCAUUAUGUCCAUCAUCAGCAACACCAAAAUCUGAAGACAAAAAUGUUGAGAUUAGCAUUGAAAUUCCUGGUAUGAAGGGGAAAAAGCGAAAAAGGGUUCAAGAAGAUUUAAUGACUAAAAUCCAAAAAGCAAUGAACAAGUUUCAAAAAGAAAUUCAGUUAGAAAAACAUAAGGUACAUCUUCUAUUGUUGAUCUCAGUCGGGUUCCACAGAAAUGCAGUUUGCAACCAACCAUGUUUCCAGGCAUUUUGCUUAUCUUAUCUUCCUCUUCAAUUUGUAAAUAAAUCAAUCAAUAAAUGGCAGUCUAGUGAUGUUGCAGACUUUCUUGCAUGGUUCAAGGACGAUUUUCCCUCUCUUCAGAAGCUUAAUUUUGGGCUAUUAAAAGUAUGUCAGUCCACGGUAUUAUAACAUUAACAGAAAUAC